AUGGCGCGUUCGAGCUUGGCGAUGACCCUGGUUAUGCUGAUGCUUCCAGCAACGGCUCGCCGGAAUAAGGAUGACACCUUCAUCAUGCAGGCCGGGAUUUCAGAAGCUCCCGAUCUAGAGGCGGAGCUUUCUUCCUGGCUCCGUGAAGAGGGGCUGAGCUAUGCGGAUGCUGGGUGGUGGGCACAGAAGGAGUCGUGGUACCUCGAGACUUGUGGCGCCACGCUGCCGUAUCUGAAGAAGUUGUACGAGGAGCUCACCGCAUCCCGCGGCAUUGCCCUCCCCCAGGGUGAUGCCAUUCCGAAGAUGUUUGACUACGCGAAGAAGGCACUCGACCCGGUCCAGCUCAGCAACAUGUAUUGGGUGCUCUAUGACUGCAACCACGCCUAUGGUCACGCCAAAGGGCUUUGCCAAUACCCGAAGGAGGCUCUGGAGCAAGCUCCCGCGCUUGUCGAGAUGGGGACCUCCUCCAAAGAGCUUUUGAAGCUCUACAACUUCAUGACCGAUGACAUUGAGCGUCCGAAGAAGGAAGUGAUGGAGUUUGCUGCCGCCGGCUGUGAAGCGGACAGGUACUGGAGUGCUUACCAAGCCACGCAUCACAAGCUGGUGGCCGUCGACGAGGCAAUCCGUACCUCUUUCGAGAUGCAAGCUUUUCGCUAUGCAGAGGAUGGUAAAUAUUACACGGCUUCCCAGUUCAAGGACCACUAUGGGAGCAACUGGCUGAAGAAAUGGUCGGCAAGCCCAGCGGCCCAGAAGGUGGCGGAGGAUGGCAAAGCAUAUUCUGUUCCGCAGUUUUGGGAGUUCUUCAAGGACGACUGGUUGCCCACGGAAGCUAAGGUCCAAGUGGAAGGCAGCAAAGUGGGCAACGCAAAGGCGCAUUGCGGAGGAAGUGGGCGUAUGCACCCGUGGCACUAUGCGAAGAGUGCAAAGCAGCCAGCCAUUCCCCCUGAUCAA